UUCUUUACAACAUUUUAUGCACAUUAUAGUCCAGUAUUCAGAUCCAGCCAAUCCCAGUUGAUCAGUCAUCAUUUUCAAUUCACAGACUCUGUUUCUUUGGGGCCAUAGACGAUGAUCAACGAUGCCUCCUAAGCUCAUCUCCCACCUCUUCCCAUGUCUCAUCUUCCUCACUCUCCUCCUCCUCACCCUCUACUUCAAUCUCCUCUCUCACACCCAACCCUCAUCACCCUCACCACCUUGUAACCUCUUCAAAGGCAAAUGGGUCCUCGACCCGACCCGUCAACCUCUCUACAACCACACGUGCCCUUUUCACAGAAACGCAUGGAACUGUCUCAAGAGCCAAAGACAAAACAUGGGUCUCAUCAAUUCUUGGAAAUGGGUACCCGAUUCAUGCACUUUGCCCCGGGUUGACCCGACCCGGUUCCUGGGUCUGAUGAGGAACAGGAAUAUUGGGUUUGUUGGGGACUCACUGAAUGAGAACUUUUUGGUGUCUUUCUUGUGUGUUCUUAGAGUGGCUGACAUGGGUGCCAAGAAGUGGAAGAGGAAAGGUGCUUGGAAAGGUGCUUAUUUUCCCAAGUUUAAUGUCACUGUGGCCUAUCACCGUGCUGUUUUGCUCGCCAAAUACAAGUGGCAGCCAAAACAGUCAACAGUUGGUGAUCAAGGUGGACUGAAAGGAAUACAUCGAGUUGACGUGGAUAUUCCUGCAGAUGAUUGGGUCAACAUCACUGACUUCUAUGAUGUCCUUGUUUUCAAUACUGGCCAUUGGUGGGGCUAUGAUAAAUUCCCUAAAGAGAGACCUCUUGUAUUUUAUCAUGCUGGGCAACCGAUAUCUCCUCCCCUUGAGAUGUUGGACGGACUUAAACUUGUUCUUGAGAAUAUGGUCUCCUAUAUACAAAAAAAAGUUCCAAGCAAGACACUCAAGUUCUGGCGUUUGCAAUCACCUAGGCAUUUUUAUGGUGGUGAGUGGAAUCAAAAUGGUAGCUGCUUGUUCAAUGAGCCACUGAAGGAAUCCCAGCUUGACUUGUGGUUUGAUCCCAGCAUCAAUGGUGUGAACAAAGAAGCAAGGUAUCUGAAUCAUUUGAUUGAAGAAGUUUUGCGAGGCACAGAGAUUCAACGGCUUGACCUGACACAUUUGAGUGAGUUCAGAGCAGAUGCACACCCGGCAAUUUGGUUGGGAAAGAAGGAUGCAGUGGCAAUAUGGGGUCAGGACUGCAUGCACUGGUGCUUACCUGGUGUCCCUGACACAUGGGUUGAUAUCUUGUCGGAACUGAUCCGUUAUAGCUUGGAGACAGGAUGAACAUUGAAAAGGUUGCAUCAAUUUAAAAAUUGAAACUGCCAACAUUUCCACGCACGAAACUUGACCAAGAUUUGAAUGAGAAGCUGGAGGCAAUGUGAACAGAGAUUUGAAUGAUUUUAGGGCUCUCUGAUGGAUAAAAGCCUACUUCUCCUUUUAGUUGUGGCAGGAAGUGACAAGAUCCCAAUGUUGAAUUGUAACAAGAAAGUAAAAUCUGAGCUCUUACUUGAAAUUGCCUUUUGAUCUGUCAUUUUUUCAUAAGGAGGCCUUAUUUUUUCACGGGGUGAUAGUGAAGGCUUGACAUGUCAGACAUUUUGAGUGGUUUAAUUUUUUUAUUUAUCAUUUUUUAUUGCAGUCUGUAUUGCUUGUCUGUAAUCUAAAUUUUAUCUAUAAAUCUCAUGUAUAAAGUAUAAAUAGUUUAUCAUA